AUGGACGACGCCCACACGCGCGUCGCCGACUAUCUCGACGACCGCCUGCAGACGCCCGCCGACCUCGAUGCCCUCGACGACCUGCUGGCCACCAUCACGGCCCAGCAUGGCCUUCUGAAGCAGCAGCUCCACGACGCCCAGCGCGACCUCCACCAGGCCAACGAGGCUUCGCACGCCCACCACGCCCUGCUUGCCCAGCGCGCCGAUGCCUUCCGCGAGCACCACGCCGACAUUGACCGCCGCCUCCUGGCCAUGACGGCCUCGGAGACGAGCGACGAUGCCGUGCCCCGCUUUGAGCAUGUGCUGGACACGCUGCACCGGCUCGACGUCGCCAGCGGAUACGUGCAAUUGCUCGCCGCCGUCGACUCGCUGAGCAAGCACGCCCAGUCGCAGCUCCAGACGUCGAGCGAAGCCGCCCUCGAGCCCUACAAGCAGCUGCGCGCCCUGCACACGCGCCUCAUCGCCCUGCAGGAAGACGCAGAAGGCGCCGCGCCCCAAUUGCUCCACCACGUCAACGGCAUCACCGACGCCCUGCGCGCAAAGAUCCUCGACGCCUUCUCGGCCCAGCUCGAACAGACGCUCAAGAAGAUACACUGGCCCACGCCCAAGGCCGCCAUCCCCACGCACCUGCGCGAAGAAUGGGAGACGGCCGUUGUGAAGCUGCUCGAUCUGCAGCUGCCCGAGCUCGAGGGCAUGAACUACACCAGCGGGCCGGGGACCAAGGUCAAGCUGCCGCCAGUGCUUUUUCCCAUGGAAGUGCUGGUGCAGCCCCUCGAGAUGCGCUUCCGCUACCACUUUGAGGGCGACAAGCCCACCAACCGCAUUGAUAGGCCCGAGUAUUUCCUUUCUCACAUCACGACGCUCAUCAAUGACUACAGCGGCUUCAUGGGUGACCAUGUGCAACCUGUCCUGCUGCGCCACUUCCGCGGCACCAAUCUCGCGCUCAAUCCCGUGUACAUUGAUGCCAUGUCGGCCUUUAUAACCGCCCUGCUGUCCAUGGUGCGCACCAAGAUUGGUGCGCUGCUGCCCAAGGUGGCCGGCCAGCCGCAGCUCUUGAGCCACCUCAUGCAUGAGAUGAUGGGCUUCGACACGACGCUCCGAGACACGUGGGGCUACGAUGCCGGCCAUGGCGUCGAGGGCUGGAAGGGGCUGUCAUGGGAAUUCCUGGUUCAGGGUGAUUGGUUCGGGCGAUGGCUGCAGGUGGAAAAGGACUUUGCCCUGUCUCGCUACCAGACCAUUGUCGAGGCCCCAGACUUUGGCGAUCUCGACUACGAGAGCGUCGAUCCCAAAGCCACCAAGCCCACCAAAGGCGCGAUCCGCGUAAACGACCUGCUUGAAACCAUAACGGAUCGAUACAGGCCCCUGACGUCGUUUAGCCAAAAGCUCACCUUCCUGAUAGACAUUCAGAUUGCAAUUUUUGACAAGCUGCACGAGCGGCUGCAGAGCAGUCUAGAAGCGUAUCUGUCCAUGACCACGUCGCUGGGCCGCGCCAUGGGCGGCGUUAGCAAGGAGGAACAGGAAAAGCUGCUUGGCGUGCACGGGUUGGAGCGCCUUUGCAAGACAUUUGGCAGCGCCGACUAUCUUGAACGGGCAAUGCGCGACUGGAGCGACGAUGUGUUUUUCCUGGACAUCUGGGAGAACCUGCAAGAUCGCGCCCGUGGCAAGACGAGCAAUAUUGGUAACAUGACUGUUGCGGAUGUGGCCGAGCGCACGUCAAGGAAUGUCGAAAGCGACGACAUGGAUGGCGGCUCGCUGUUUGACGAAACGGCGUCGUGGUACGCGCGCCUUCGUGAGCGCAGUGAGAGGAUCAUCAUGGACACACUCAACAGCAAUGUGCGCGAGGCGCUGCGUCCGUACCGGCACAUCAACCCGUGGGCCACGCUCGGCGGCCCGGCGGCUUCAGCCUCCAACGCUGUUGAACCCUCGCCCACAGCAGAGCUUGAUCCUUUGCUUAGUUAUUUGCGCACGACGUUGGCGUUUCUCUCGCGCGCCCUUGCAUCUGCGCCGCUGCGCCGCAUUACGCGGGCCAUGCUGAGUACCAUUUCGACGGUCUUGUGGGAGAAUGUGAUGAGCCGGUACCGUUUCUCCACUCAGGGAGCUACACAGCUGCACGCCGAUCUCUUGGCCAUAUGCCGCGUUGUGGAUAAACACGUCGGCGCAGGUGUGGCAGAAGUCGGGCUGAAAAAAUGCCUAGAGGGCGUGAGACUGGUCGGGUUGCCCGUCAAAGGCAGCCAUGCAGGAGUCGGUACGGGACAGGAAUCAGGCAAGCAUGACGAUGGUGGCGAAGAAAAGGAUGAAUGGGACACGGAAGCUUGGGGCGCAGAAGAUGAUCAGGCGAGUGAGGCGCCAAAAGCAAGUGACGAGCCAUUGGACGUUGACGAUGCAGGGGAGUUGGGGCUGUGGGAGGUGGAAAGGCGCCUUUUUGCAGACAACCAGUCUGCCAGAGAUGUGCUUGACGAGCUGGGUCUAGAGUUGUUGAGCGAGACGGAGGCGCGGACGUUGCUGAGGCGGAGAGUCGAGUUGGCUGGGUAG